AUGCCAGGUGGGGCCCUGCCGGUGAAGGCCUCAAGGUGGCCUCAAACCCCCGAGCAACACCCCUCGGCCAGCACCACAGCCCCCACUGCGGGAGGCAGCUUCUUCCCGGACUCCCCACACCCACCACCAUGGGCCAGCUCCUGCAGCCUGAAGGCUCCCCGGGGCGCUGUGGGUUGCCCGGCGGCCGGCGGCGGGCGGGCCAGGGCCCUGCUGCUCUGCCUGGGCAUGACUGCGGCGCUGGCCCGCGGCUGCCUGCACUGCCACGAUAGUUUCGCUGAUAAGUUCUCCUUCUACCGCCACCACGUGAACCUCAAGUCCUGGUGGGUGGGCGACAUCCCCGUGUCGGGGUCGCUGCUCGACGACUGGAGCAAGGAUACGAUGAAGGAGCUGCACCUGGCCAUUCCUGCGGAGAUCACCCGGGAGAAGCUUGACCUCGUGGCGUCGGCUGUGUACCAGCGGUUGGAUCGGCUGUACCAGGGGAAGAUGUACUUCCCGGGGUACUUCCCCAACGAGCUGCGGGCCAUAUUCCGGGAGCAGGUGCACCUCAUCCAGAACGCCAUCAUCGAAAGCCGCAUCGACUGUCAGCGUCACUGUGGCAUCUUCCAGUACGGGACCAUCUCCUGCAGCAACUGCACGAACUCGCACGUCGUCUGCUUUGGCUACAACUGCCAGUCGUCGGCACAGUGGGAGAAGGCCGUGCAGGGCCUCCUCACGUACAUAAAUAAGUGGCACAAAGAAGACGCCAACACAAGAACCACGCCGGCCUUCCUGAACUCUCCGAGCUUCACGUGUCUGGAGCCCCAGCACCUGGCCAACCUGACUCUGGAAGACGCCUCUGAGUGCCUGACACAGCACUGAGGGCCGCGCCGGGACGCGGAGCCAGCCUGUCUCUGAGCAGGGCACUGCUGUCACAGGUCCCCGGCCCGGCCCCUCCGGGGCUCCUGGUGGGGUGGGUGGGGGAAUGUGUGUGCAGAGCCGGGACCUGGGCUGGGCCCCAGGGCUAUUCUGAUGGAAUGAUUAAAGUGCUUGGGCUCUCCCA